CUUAGUUCUGUCAAACAGUUCAAGAUGAUACUUCAAAGCUGGGCCACUAGCAGCUACUACUUGCUUACAUGUGGCCUUGCUUUGUGUACAAUAAACAUUGUGCUAUUUUUUUUCUUUCUUUUUUUAAAAGUGGUUUACCGAAACCAAGUUCUGAUAAUCUGACGGACCCUUUUGACACACCAGAAUUUCACAAACUUUAUAGAGUUUUCCCGGUCAGUAAUAUCCAUCUGUUGAAUAUUACUUGGGCACUGCCCCCACAGGAGAGAAAUUACAGGGUAAAGCCACUGCGCUAUAUCUCCUGGCUGGUAGGACGAGGCAAAGGCAGCGUUCCCUCUUUUCUUAGGGAAAAGCUUUGGGCUGUCACCUUAUCUGGAGGAAAUGCUGAGACAGGAUUUAAGCAGAACUCCACUUACUCUAACUUCAAGAUUUCUAUUACUUUGACUAGUGAAGGUUAUGAGCAUUUCUAUGAGGUAAAUUUCAUUGUAAUGUUGUAUAUGAAAACGUUGCAGAAAGUGGGCCCAGAUAAAAGAAUCUGGAAAGAGAUCCAGAAGAUAAAUGACAAUGAAUUUUCUUUCCAGGAUAAGGUUGAUCCAAUUAAUUAUAUUGAGAAUAUUUGUGAAAACAUGCAUCUUUUCUGUAAGCAGGACUUUCUGACAGGAAAUCAACUCCUGUUUGACUACAAACCUGAAGUGAGUAAUAUUGCUGAUGUCCUUGACCUGCUCUGCCCUCAGAGAGCCAAUCUUUGUCUGUUGCCUACCAACAAUGAGGGAAAGUGCCCUCUAAAGGAGAGAUGGUUUGAGACGCAGUACAGUGUAGAAGAUAUACAUAGAGCAAUACUGAGCUGCUGGGCCUUUGACUUUGAGUUAAAUUUGGACUUUCACCAUCCAGAAGAAAAUGAAUAUCUAGCUGUGUGUUGUGUUUCUGUGUUGGCUACUGACUUCUCCCUAAAAGCACCUGAUUUCCCUGACGUAGAUUAUCCAGUCAAAGUUCUGAAUACACUACAGGGAUGCAUGUGGUACAGGAAGGACAAUAAAUUAAGGAAACCUAAAGCUUAUGUACAUUUCCACCUAAUUUCUCCACAUGUACGACAGUCUGCAGAGAGUGUAGUCCUCCUAGAUAUUUUGGUAAGCAUCCUGUCUCUGAAUUUGUCAGAACCAGCAUAUGGAGCUGAUAUUGCUAAACUGGAGUACAAACUGGUGGCUGGAGAUCAUAGAGUGAAAGGAUUAAAUCAUAAACUACCUCUACUGCUUCAGCCCAUCGUUGACCAUUUGUCUGACUUCAGUUUUACUCCAGGAGUCUUUGAGAUGAUUAAAGAGGAACUAAAAAAGACUUGCUUCAAUAUGCUCAUCAGAUCGGAGGUGUUAGCCAAAGACUUACGUCAUGCAAUUUUGAAGCAUGGCAAGUGGCCUAUCACAGAUAAGUAUCAGAGAUUAAUGAAGGGAAUUUCUGCAGAGUCUAUGUCUUUUGUUAAGGCUUUCAAAUCACAGCUAUUUGAAGCAAAGGGUUUUCUGUGUUAUGUUGUUGCAAAGCUCCAGUUUGCUCCCCUGGCCCACCCCUGCCCUGUGCAGUUCUGGGUGGUGGAUCUGCCAAAUACACACCUGCUCUGCAAGGUGAAAGCUCUCAACAAAGGGGAUGCCAACUCUGAAGUGACGGUGUAUUAUCAGGCUGGGGCAAGGAGUUUAAGAGAAUGUGUUCUUACAGAGUUGCUUGUGAUGCACAUGGAGGAGCCUUGUUUCAAUUUCCUGCGACCCAAAGAAACACUUGGCUACCAUGUGUACCCGGCCUAUAGAAAUAAUUCUGGGAUUAUUGGGUUUUCCAUUAGUGUAACAACACAAGCAACCAAGCACAAAUUGAAGUAUUAAAAUAACUUACCAAAGAAGAUCUCAUUGAAUGGUUCCAAGUUUUCAGGGGAAAAGAUAGAAGAACACUCGGUAUACGUGUUGUUGGAUAUGGUGAGCAAGAACAGGACUCAGAAUUUGCAGCUGUCUUAGAUGUACAGGGCCCACUGCUUGGUGAACACCCUCAAUUAACAUUCUUACCCCCAUCUUCCUAUAUGAAAAAUACUGCUUUCAUCAGGCACAUCAAACAUUUCACAUCAACCCUUAACCUUCUUCCUUAUCAUACAAUCUUACAAUAAAUUUUAGCUCUUUUUCUGUGCCC